CCAGGAUAUAUCACUUAUUCACAACAUCCGCUAGCCUGUGUGUGACGGAACGCUGAUAUAUUCAUCCUGCAGUGCGACUAACCUGUAUCCAGGGAUCAACAUCCUUACAACUGUAAAGGAAUCAUAUAUAAUUUUUCUUCUGCAACUCUGCCAAAACAAAAACAACAUCCUGGAUAUUUGUACAAUACUUCCUUUUAUCCUGAUAAGGAGUUAUAAUCUCUUCACUGUAAGUGGAAUCACGGACUUAAGCCACACCCACAAGGCAUUGUUCCAGUAUUAUCAGAUUUCCAUCUCCAGGCAACUAAAAGCAUAUUUCAAGAUGAUAUUCUGUGGACUUUCAUCAGUGGCAUUCCGCAGUCUCACAAGGUCUCAAAGGUUACAUGGACAGUCAAUGGGUGUGUGGUUACGACAUUGCACAGCUAACAGGCAUACUGAUCGGAAGCACAGCACUGAAACCAGAGCCAGCACAGAUACCAGUACGCGCAGCUGGAAAUGGAGAAUUGUAGGAACUGGAGCAUUACUGGGACUAGGGACAGUCCUGGCCUAUGAAACAGCAAGGAGAAGAGUUGCCCAAGCAGAGUCUUCUGAGAAUCCUGUUACAUCUUCAUUGCCUCAGUAUUCCAGGGAGGAAGUGCGCCAACAUGCCAGCAUGGCAGACAGAGUGUGGGUAACCUAUGCAGGAGAAGUAUUUGAUAUAACAGAGUUUAUUGAAUUGCAUCCUGGGGGCGGACGAAUCUUAAUGGCUGCUGGAGGAGCGUUGGAGCCAUUCUGGGCUCUUUAUGGAGUGCACAAGAAUGAACAUGUUAUGGAAAUACUGAAUGAAUAUAAGGUUGGUGUGUUGAGUCCUGAAGAGAAAGAGGAACCAGAAGCUGUCACUGAUCCUUAUGCACUUGAUCCACCUCGACACCCCAUUCUAAAAUUAAACAGUAAAAAGCCAUUUAAUGCAGAACCCCCUGCCGCGCUACUGACAGAGAGCUUUAUAACCCCUAAUGAAUUAUUUUUCAAAAGGAACCACUUACCUGUACCGGAAAUUAAUCCUGAUGAUUACCAACUAGUUGUAGACAGAUCUCAAGGAGCUGAUGAGGAGCAGCCACUUAUCCUGUCUCUCUCAGAUUUAAAGACCAAAUUUCGCCGUUAUGAAAUCACCUCCACUUUGCAGUGUGCAGGGAACAGGCGAUCUGAGAUGAAUGCAGUGAAGCUAGUGAAGGGGCUGGACUGGGGCAUUGCAGCAAUCAGUACAGCUUGCUGGGCAGGAGCACGUCUUAGAGAUGUCUUGUUAGACGCAGGGUACACAGAGGACACCCCGAAAGCCAAACAUGUUAUAUUUGAAGGGCUUGACCGUGACUUAACAGGGACAAACUAUGGUGCAUCAAUUCCUUUUGAACAUGCUAUGAGUAAAGAGUCGGAUGUCCUGCUUGCCUAUGAGAUGAAUGGGGAAACAUUACCAAGGGACCAUGGAUUUCCUCUGCGGGUAAUUGUGCCAGGUGUUGUUGGAGCCCGCAAUGUAAAGUGGCUUGGUAGAAUUCUGAUAAGUGAAGAAGAGAGCCGUAGUCAUUGGCAACAGAAUGAUUAUAAGGGCUUUAACCCAUGUAUUGACUGGGACACUGUAGACUUUGCCUCCUCUCCUGCAAUACAGGAUUUGCCAGUGCAAUCUGCAAUCACAGAGCCACGCCCAGGUCAGAAAAUACACCCUUCCCCUGAAGGGCAGUUUACGGUGAAGGGGUAUGCAUGGAGUGGUGGCGGCAGGAAAAUAGUACGAGUGGAUGUGUCUCUUGAUGGUGGGAAUACAUGGAAGGUAGCAGAACUUACUGGAGAAGAGCAGAAUACUGGGAAAGCCUGGGCAUGGAAACAGUGGAAGCUAAGUGCCUCACUGCCAACUGAUGUAACAGAAAUCACUAUUAUCUGUAAGGCUGUGGACUCCAGUUACAAUGUACAGCCGGAUACUGUGGCCCCAAUCUGGAACUUGCGUGGGGUUUUGAACAAUUCCUGGCACCGUGUGCAGGUCACAGUAAAUAGACAUUAACAGCGGUUUACUAUUCCACUGUCUGGAAAGUGCCUACAAAAUGAGCAUAUUUAUUUUUUUACUUGUGAAAAAUGGAGAGCACAAUCAGUAUAUGGAAAAGUAAACCUGCUCGAACAUAUUCGUUAUUUACAUGGACUUCUAGAUCUGAGAAACACUAGAGAAAGUAGAUGCCCUAUGAGGCUUUUUUUGUAAUAGUCAGUAUUGUUAACAUAAUAUACUAAAAAAAAAAAAAAAAGUUCUAUAUAAAACCAAUCUUGAGGCUUUCUAAUCCUAUCGGUGUAGCACUUCUACAUCCUCAUAUAUCCUCCGUGGUGUUGAAGAAGUUGUAUAGUAAUUUAUGUUCUAGAGGACCAUGGGUGUCUAACCUUGGUGCUCCAGAGGUUUUGUAACUACAUUUCCCAUGAUGCUCAGACACUGAGAAUCAGCUGGCGGUGUGUGAAAAUGAUCCAGCUUUAGUUUGUCUGUGUAUUUGUGAGCGUUGAGUUAAGUCUAUAAACUUCUCUAUUUUCCUUUUCUUUGAGCAGGAGUUUUUUUUUCAUUAAAAAGAUUAGUAUAUAAUGAAGUGCAAAACAUGCUAAUGGUACCAGUGCUAGAAUUUUAAAUUAUACUUAACCAGAUUAGUAAAGAGCGAAAGCAUCGGAGAAGAAGGUUAUCCAGCAUAGAUUAAAGUGCUAGUAAGAGCUUAAAGCACAGUAUGUUUGAGCAAACAUUCUCAGCACUGUGCUAACAUGUUUUUUGUAAAAUGGAGACACAGUACAUGCAAUGUGAUUACAAGUGAUUGCUUAAAGGGACAGUAUACACUCAUUUUCAUAUAACUGCAUGUAAUAGACACUACUAUAAAGAAUAAGAUGCACAGAUACUGAUAUAAAAAUCCAGUAUAAAACCGUUUAAAAACUUUCUUAGAAGCUCCCAGUUUAGCUCUGUUGAAAAGGUAGCCGGAAAGCACACUGCAAGUGGGAAAUAGCAGACACUACCCCUUCCUUUGCAUAUGAAAAGACCCUUUACACAAACAGGAGCAAGCUGGAGUAGGUAUACGUCAGUAUUCUCAUAAAACUUUGGGGCUUGGUUAGGAGUCUGAAAAUCAGAACAAUGUUGUUUAAAAAUAAGCAAAACUAUACAUUAAAAAAACAAACAAAAAAAAACAACUUUAUGGGCUAUAUAAAUAGAUCUACAAAACAUUUAUGCAAAUAAAUAAUUUGUGUAUAAUGUCCCUUUAAAGGGACAGUCUAGUCCAAAACAAACUUUCAUUAUUCAGAUAGGGCAUGUCAUUUUACAUCAUUUUCAAAUUUACUUUUAUUACCAAUUUUGCUUUGUUCUCUUGGUAUUCUUAGUUGAAAGCUAAACCUAGAUGGUUCAUAUGCUAAUUUCUAAGCCCUUGAAGGCCGCCUCUUAUCUCAGGCUUUUUGACAGUUUUCACCACUAGAGGGUGUUGUUUCAUGUGUUUCAAAUAGAUAACACUUGGAGUUCCUAGGAGCUAGCACUGAUUGGCUAAAAUACAAGUCUGUCAAAAGAAUUGAAAUAAGGGGGCAGUUUGCAGAGGCUUAGAUGCAAGAUAAUCACAGAGGUAAAAAGUGUAUUUAUAUAACUGUUGGUUAUGCAAAACUAGGGAAUGGGUAAUAAAGGGAUUAUCUAUCUUUUAAAACAAUAAAUAUUCUGGUGUAGACUGUCCCUUUAAAUACUCCAUCUUCCAAGCGUCCAAACAGAUGAGAUUCCAGGAGCAUACUCUCCAACCUAAUAUUGUGGCUUUGCUAAAUAGAUGCGUUUCUACUAUGGGAUGGUUUUGAAACAGAUUUAAAAUGUUUUACACAGAUAAAUAAUAAAGAAAAUCUGAAAUUCUGCAAAAUAAUCUGAAUGAACUAGUUCCUGGAUGUUUGAAUUUUCAAAAACAAUGGUCGUUUGAACUUUAUAGGAAACCCACUUCAACUAAUAGUCUGAGAGCAGAUAGCUAUUACCAUAUUUGUCGCUUUGGUAUACCUGUUGGCCAAUUUCUAAGAAUGAGACGCAACUGCACAUUAGAUGAAGAGUUGUCUUUUUUAUUUCUUUUUACAUGAUUCUUGGGAUUUGACCAAACAUAAUUGUAAUACAACUACUGUAUAUAUGUUUAGUAUAUGAUUGUAUUUCUACUAUUUGCAGAAGGCAAGUGUGCUAUAUGGGGUCUCAUGUCUCUUUUUGUUUUGUUUUUUUAUUAUUUUUUAAUAAUAUUUUCAUUAAACUGACUGGGAAUGGUGAAAAUGUGUAAAAUCUAAUAUAUAUAUACUGUAUGUGUUAGAAAAAAAAGUUAAACUCCUUUUUUUUAAAAGUGAAUUCAAGUGUUGAUUUUGCCUUUACAGCCUUAAAAGGACAUUAAACAUCUCUUGCUUUUGUCCAAAAUUUGUGUUUUGGUCCACACUCCCUACAGCAGCCAAAAAACAUAAUUUAUGUAAGAACUUACCUGAUAAAUUCAUUUCUUUCAUAUUAGCAAGAGUCCAUGAGUUAGUGACGUAUGGGAUAUACAUUCCUACCAGGAGGGGCAAAGUUUCCCAAACCUCAAAAUGCCUACAAAUACACCCCUCACCACACCCACAAAUCAGUUUAACGAAUAGCCAAGAAGUGGGGUGAUAAGAAAAAAGUGCGAAAGCAUAUAAAAUAAGGAAUUGGAAUAAUUGUGCUUUCUACAAAAAAAUCAUAACCACCACAAAAAAGGGCGGGCCUCAUGGACUCUUGCUAAUAUGAAAGAAAUGAAUUUAUCAGGUAAGUUCUUACAUAAAUUAUGUUUUCUUUCAUGUAAUUAGCAAGAGUCCAUGAGCUAGUGACGUAUGGGAUAAUGACUACCCAAGAUGUGGAUCUUUCCACGCAAGAGUCACUAGAGAGGGAGGGAUAAAAUAAAGACAGCCAAUUCCUGCUGAAAAUAAUCCACACCCAAAAUAAAGUUUAAUGAAAAACAUAAACAGAAGAUUCAAACUGAAACCGCUGCCUGAAGUACUUUUCUACCAAAAACUGCUUCAGAAGAAGCAAAUACAUCAAAAUGGUAGAAUUUAGUAAAAGUAUGCAAAAGAGGACCAAGUUGCUGCUUUGCAAAUCUGAUCAACCGAAGCUUCAUUCCUAAACGCCCGGGAAGUAGAAACUGACCUAGUAGAAUGAGCUGUAAUCCUUUGAGGCGGAGUUUUACCCGACUCGACAUAGGCAUGAUGAAUUAAAGAUUUCAACCAAGAUGCCAAAGAAAUGGCAGAAGCUUUCUGGCCUUUUCUAGAACCGGAAAAGAUAACAAAUAGACUAGAAGUCUUUCGGAAAGACUUAGUAGCUUCAACAUAAUAUUUCAAAGCUCUAACAACAUCCAAAGAAUGCAACGAUUUCUCCUUAGAAUUCUUAGGAUUAGGACAUAAUGAGGGAACCACAAUUUCUCUACUAAUGUUGUUGGAAUUCACAACCUUAGGUAAAAAUUCAAAAGAAGUUCGCAACACCGCCUUAUCCUGAUGAAAAAUCAGAAAAGGAGACUCACAAGAAAGAGCAGAUAAUUCAGAGACUCUUCUGGCAGAAGAGAUCGCCAAAAGGAACAAAACUUUCCAAGAAAGUAAUUUAAUGUCCAAUGAAUGCAUGGGUUCAAAAGGAGGAGCUUGAAGAGCCCCCAGAACUAAAUUCAAACUCCGAGGAGAAAUUGACUUAAUGACAGGUUUUAUACGAACCAAAGCUUGUACAAAACAAUGAAUAUCAGGAAGAUUAGCAAUCUUUCUGUGAAAAAGAACAGAAAGAGCAGAGAUUUGUCCUUUCAAAGAACUUGCGAUUAAACCUUUAUCUAAACCAUCCUGAAGAAACUGUAAAAUUCUCGGAAUUCUAAAAGAAUGCCAAGAAAAAUGAUGAGAAAGACACCAAGAAAUAUAAGUCUUCCAGACUCUAUAAUAUAUCUCUCUAGAUACAGAUUUACGAGCCUGUAACAUAGUAUUAAUCACAGAGUCAGAGAAACCUCUUUGACCAAGAAUCAAGCGUUCAAUCUCCAUACCUUUAAAUUUAAGGAUUUGAGAUCCUGAUGGAAAAAAGGACCUUGCGACAGAAGGUCUGGUCUUAGCGGAAGAGUCCACGGAUGGCAAGAGGCCAUCCGGACAAGAUCCGCAUACCAAAACCUGUGAGGCCAUGCCGGAGCUACCAGCAGAACAAACGAGCAUUCCUUCAGAAUCUUGGAGAUUACUCUUGGAAGAAGAACUAGAGGCGGAAAGAUAUAGGCAGGAUGAUACUUCCAAGGAAGUGAUAAUGCAUCCACUGCUUCCGCCUGAGGAUCCCGGGAUCUGGACAGAUACCUGGGAAGUUUCUUGUUUAGAUGAGACGCCAUCAGAUCUAUUUCUGGAAGCUCCCACAUUUGAACAAUCUGAAGAAAUGCCUCUGGGUGAAGAGACCAUUCACCCGGAUGCAACGUUUGGCGACUGAGAUAAUCCGCUUCCCAAUUGUCUAUACCUGGGAUAUGAACCGCAGAGAUUAGACAGGAGCUGGAUUCCGCCCAAACCAGAAUUCGAGAUACUUCUUUCAUAGCCAGAGGACUGUGAGUCCCUCCUUGAUGAUUGAUGUAUGCCACAGUUGUGACAUUGUCUGUCUGAAAACAAAUGAACGAUUCUCUCUUCAGAAGAGGCCAAGACUGAAGAGCUCUGAAAAUUGCACGGAGUUCCAAAAUAUUGAUCGGUAAUCUCACCUCCUGAGAUUCCCAAACUACUUGUGCCGUCAGAGAUCCCCACACAGCUCCCCAACCUGUAAGACUUGCAUCUGUUGAAAUUACAGUCCAGGUCGGAAGAACAAAAGAAGCCCCCUGAAUUAAACAAUGGUGAUCUGUCCACCACGUUAGAGAGUGUCGUACAAUCGGUUUUAAAAAUAUUAAUUGAGAUAUCUUUGUGUAAUCCCUGCACCAUUGAUUCAGCAUACAGAGCUGAAGAGGUCGCACGUGAAAACGAGCAAAGGGGAUCGCGUCCGAUGCAGCAGUCAUAAGACCUAGAAUUUCCAUGCAUAAGGCUACCGAAGGGAAUGAUUGUGACUGAAGGUUUCGACAAGCUGAAAUCAAUUUUAGACGUCUCUUGUCUGUCAUGGACACUGAAUCUAUCUGGAAACCCAGAAAGGUUACCCUUGUCUGAGGAAUCUAUGAACUUUUUAGUGAAUUGAUCCUCCAACCAUGAUCUUGAAGAAACAACACAAGUCGAUUCGUAUGAGAUUCUGCUAAAUGUAAAGACUGAGCAAGUACCAAGAUAUCGUCCAAAUAAGGAAAUACCACAAUACCCUGUUCUCUGAUUACAGACAGAAGGGCACCGAGAACCUUUGUAAAAAUUCUUGGAGCUGUAGCUAGGCCAAACGGCAUAGCCACAAACUGGUAAUGCUUGUCCAGAAAAGAGAAUCUCAGGAACUGAUAAUGAUCUUGAUGAAUCGGAAUAUGCAGAUAUGCAUCCUGUAAAUCUAUUGUGGACAUAUAAUGCCCUUGUUGAACAAAAGGCAAGAUAGUCCUUACAGUUACCAUUUUGAACGUUGGUAUCCUUACAUAACGAUUCAAUAUUUUUAGAUCCAGAACUGGUCUGAAGGAAUUCUCCUUCUUUGGUACAAUGAAGAGAUUCGAAUAAAACCCCAGCCCCUGUUCCAGAACUGGAACUGGCAUAAUUACUCCAGCCAACUCUAGAUCUGAAACACAUUUCAGAAAUACUUGAGCUUUCACUGGAUUUACUGGGACACGGGAAAGAAAAAAUCUCUUUGCAGGAGGUCUUAUCUUGAAACCAAUUCUGUACCCUUCUGAAACAAUGUUCUAAAUCCAAAGAUUGUGAACAGAAUUGAUCCAAAUUUCUUUGAAAAAACGUAACCUGUCCCCUACCAGCUGAGCUGGAAUGAGGGCCGCACCUUCAUGUGGACUUAGAAGCUGGCUUUGCUUUUCUAGAAGGCUUGGAUUUAUUCCAGACUGGAGAUGGUUUCCAAACUGAAACUGCUCCUGAGGAUGAAGGAUCAGGUUUUUGUUCUUUGUUGAAACGAAAGGAACGAAAACGAUUAUUAGCCCUGUUUUUACCCUUAGAUUUUUUAUCCUGUGGUAAAAAAGUUCCUUUCCCACCAGUAACAGUUGAGAUAAUAGAAUCCAACUGAGAACCAAAUAAUUUGUUACCCUGGAAAGAAAUAGAAAGUAAAGUUGAUUUAGAAGCCAUAUCAGCAUUCCAAGUUUUAAGCCAUAAAGCUCUUCUAGCUAAAAUAGCUAGAGACAUAAACCUGACAUCAACUCUGAUAAUAUCAAAAAUGGCAUCACAGAUAAAAUUAUUAGCAUGCUGAAGAAGAAUAAUAAUGUCAUGAGAAUCACGAUGUGUUACUUGUUGCGCUAAAGUUUCCAACCAAAAAGUUGAAGCUGCAGCAACAUCAGCCAAAGAUAUAGCAGGUCUAAGAAGAUUACCUGAACACAGAUAAGUUUUCUUAGAAAGGACUCAAUUUUCCUAUCUAAAGGAUCCUUAAACGAAGUACCAUCUGACGUAGGAAUAGUAGUACGUUUAGCAAGGGUAGAAAUAGCCCCAUCAACUUUAGGGAUUUUGUCCCAAAAUUCUAAUCUGUCAGACGGCACAGGAUAUAAUUGCUUAAAACGUUUAGAAGGAGUAAAUGAAUUACCCAAAUUAUUCCAUUCUCUGGAAAUUACUUCAGAAAUAGCACCAGGAACAGGAAAAACUUCUGGAAUAACCACAGGAGAUUAAAAGACCUUAUCUAAACGUUUAGAUUUAGUAUCAAGAGGACCAGAAUCCUCAAUUUCUAAAGCAAUUAGUACUUCUUUAAGUAAAGAACGAAUAAAUUCCAUUUUAAAUAAAUAUGAAGAUUUAUCAGCAUCAACCUCUGAGACAGAAUCCUCUGAACCAGAAGAGUCAUUAGAAUCAGAAUGAUGAUGUUCAUUUAAAAAUUCAUCUGUAUAAAGAGAAGUUUUAAAAGAUUUUUUAUGUUUACUAGAAGGAGGAAUAACAGACAUAGCCUUCUUGAUGGAUUCAGAAACAAAAUCUCUUAUGUUAUCAGGAACAUUCUGAACAUUAGAUGUUGAUGGAACUGCAACAGGUAUGUGUACAUUACUAAAGGAAAUAUUAUCUGCAUUAACAAGUUUGUCAUGACAAUUAAUACAAACAGCUGGAGGAACAGCUACCAAAAGUUUACAGCAGAUACACUUAGCUUUGGUAGUUCCAGCACCAGACAGCGAUUUUCCUGAAGUAUCUUCUGACUCAGAUGCAACGUGAGACAUCUUGCAAUAUGUAAGAGAAAAAACAACAUAUAAAGCAAAAUUGAUCAAAUUCCUUAAAUGACAGUUUCAGGAAUGGGAAAAAAUGCCAAGGAACAAGCUUCUAGCAACCAGAAGCAAAGAAAAAUGAGACUUAAAUAAUGUGGAGACAAAAGCGACGCCCAUAUUUUUUUAGCGCCAAAUAAGACGCCCACAUUAUUUGGCGCCUAAAUGCUUUUGGCGCCAAAAAUGACGCCACGUCCGGAACGCCGACAUUUUUGGCGCAAAAGAACGUCAAAAAUGACGCAACUUCCGGCGACACGUAUGACGCCGGAAACAGAAAAGAUUUUUUGCGCCAAAAAAGUCUGCGCCAAGAAUGACGCAAUAAAAUGAAGCAUUUUCAGCCCCCGUGAGCCUAACAGCCCACAGGGAAAAAAGUCAAAUUUUUAAGGUAAGAAAAAUAAUUGAUUCAAGAGCAUUAUCCCAAAUAUGAAACUGACUGUCUGAAAAUAAGGAAUGUUGAACAUCCUGAGUCAAGGCAAAUAAAUGUUUGAAUACAUAUAUUUAGAACUUUAUUAAAAAAGUGCCCAACCAUAGCUUAGAGUGUCACAGAAAAUAAGACUUACUUACCCCAGGACACUCAUCUACAUGUUUGUAGAAAGCCAAACCAGUACUGAAACGAAAAUCAGCAGAGGUAAUGGUAUAUAUAUAAGAGUAUAUCGUCGAUCUGAAAAGGGAGGUAAGAGAUGAAUCUCUACGACCGAUAACAGAGAACCUAUGAAAUAGACCCCGUAGAAGGAGAUCAUUGAAUUCAAACAGGCAAUACUCUCCUCACAUCCCUCUGACAUUCACUGCAUGCUGAGAGGAAAACCGGGCUCCAACCUGCUGCGGAGCGCAUAUCAACGUAGAAUCUAGCACAAACUUACUUCACCACCUCCAUAGGAGGCAAAGUUUGUAAAACUGAUUUGUGGGUGUGGUGAGGGGUGUAUUUGUAAGCAUUUUGAGGUUUGGGAAACUUUGCCCCUCCUGGUAGGAAUGUAUAUCCCAUACGUCACUAGCUCAUGGACUCUUGCUAAUUACAUGAAAGAAAGCAAACUCUGUAACGGCAAAUAGUUGGUUUAGGCAAUUUGCAGCAUAUUGAAAACCCAAGUUACAGAUUUUGCUUUUGGACUCUCUAGGGAGUGUGGGACAAAGCAGUUUUUCACAAAUGAAUCUGGUGCUUUAUAUCCCUUUAACGAUAAAUAGGGGAUCUUCUACCUGGUGCAGCCAAUUUGUUCCUUGCUGGAGCUUGAAUUACAGGCAGUCAAGUGUUGGCUUUUACCAGCAAAUUCACUGACUGUACAUUAUUAAACCUUGACUAAUACGUUCUUUGGCCAUACCUGGUAAUACAGAAGUCUCAAGUGGUUGAUCUGAAAUUGAAUUUGUUACAAAAAAUAGAGAUUUAAUUUAACAGAGGAGCAUGUUAAAUUAAACCCAUUUUAACCCCCAGACGUUCUAAAUGCGAGAAAGUCCAGUGCUUUUUUGGACGGUAUGGAACGCCCUAACGUUUGUGGCGUCCUGCUCCCCUUCUUUUAAAAACUGGUGGAUCCAGCUGGGGGGAUGUGCCAAGCAAUGCAGGCAGUACCCCGGGAGCCAAAUGGCGCUGUUUGUAGUCACGUGAUCAGUGGCCAUCAUGUGACAUCCUGUCUGCACGAAUCUUUGUUUUGGUUAUGGACAUUUUCCUGUAUCCUGAAGAGUUAAAGAAGACAAAAACACCUUCAGUUCACCAAUACUGGGCUAUAAAUUUCCUAGAAGUAUUUAUAUAGCCAUUUAUAAAUCCAUCUUACACUAUAAAGUACCUUUUAGCCCUAGUUUGGACCAUGACACUUUUCAUGGUGUAAAUCAGGGAUGGCCAACUGGCUGCCCAUGGGUCACGUGGUAAAAAGCAGAACUAAGGAUGUGUGACAUAUUUGUUGUGACCCCAGGAAAAAAGUGAAACUAAAAAAAAAUGGGCUUUGGAUGCCUUCUGGUUAGUGGGCAACUAAGGAAAUAGAAUAUCUGUGUGCCUAAUAACAAUCUAAGAAGCCUAAAUGUCUGCAUUUAAAUGUAUAGAUGCGCAAAUACAUAAGCGAGGGCUGCAAAAUAUAUCUAGGAUUGUAAAUAAUUUUCUCCCUUUUGCUUUUCUCAAAGUUACUGAGCACAAUAUAUUAAUCAAUAAUAAGUGAGUACCAGCACUUUUUUUGAUUGGCUGGUGGCUGUCGCAUAAUACAGGGCGCCGGCAAAUGGAGAAAAAUUAAUUUGUGAGAAAAAAAUAAAUCUACUGCUUAUUUGAAAUUCA